GGACAACGGCAACGCCUUUUCCUUUCCACAUUCAUCCUUUCCCUCCUAUCAACACACCCGCCCUCCUCUCUCUUGCCACUCUUCCCUCGCCUUCAUCUCACUUGACCGCCUUCACCCGCGAAUGGCUACGACACAAACACGAAGGCCAACCCAUCAAGCCAGGUCAGCGUCACACAACAACCUCUUAGCAGCCCUUGACGGCGUGAUUCAGGUCACUCCCACCAAAUCAUCUCAAAACAACGCCAGUAGCCGCGCAGCAGAUCGCUCAGCCGCCUUUGCUGGAGCCACACCCACAAGCAAUCUCGACUCACACCCCACGAACCACCACAACGACAUCAUGUCCGACCCUCUUGCUCCUCCCGUGCCUACGGACGGCAAGCCCCUUCCCCCGUCCAAGUCCUCAGGAGGGGGAGGCGGCGGUGGAAUGGCCGGCCGAUUCGCAAAUGCCUUUCGCCGCCAAACGACCGAAGAGCGUGAAGCACGACGUCGUCGUCAGGCAGAGGAGAAGAACAAGGGCGUCGGCCGCAGCAAGACGAUGAAUAGUCGCAUGGACAUCAUUGACCAGCUGGACAUCAGCGGUAUCCACGGCCAGACGAUGUUCCACCACGAUUCGCCCUACGAUGCCUGCACUCCGCACGCCAACCGUUCCUCCAAGAAGGCUCCCGUGAAUGCUUUCGACCCCAAUAUCGACCAGAUGACAGGGUUGUCCAUCUCGGAGCGACAGCAGCAACAGCAGCAGAGGGCCGCCUCCGCUGGAGGAGGCAGUGGCAGCCGUCGAGGGCUUAGCCCCUUGGCUGCGUCUACCUUGCAGAAGAUGGACCUCCACGACGAAGACGUCAAGGAUGGCGCACGACGCCCAGACAUGUCCGGCGGCCGAUCACGUAGCGCCACGGCCCCUCUAGGCGUGGUCCCCACCCUCUCCCAGACUGGACGAAACGCCAGUGCCAUGACGACUUCGACAGCCGGCAACGGCGUCAAUCUCAACGACUCGGCGACGGAGCUCUCCUCUACCGACGGCGACGCAGACGCAGACCGACGCUACCAGCCCAGUCGCGGCUACUACAACCAAUCCCCCAAGAAGGCCUCGAACCCUAUGGCCGACGUGUGGGGCGUCAGCUCAGAGCCUUGGCAGGACUUUGCCCAGCCGGCUGCCGCGUCCAGCAAGCCUCGCAAGGCCUCGGGCGCGAACAGUGCAGCGAAUGGAAGCAAUGGCAGAAAUGGAGGCAAGGGUCUCAGCCCCUACGGUCAUGCCAAAUCAUCCCGAGACGGUCCUCCUUCAGCAGCUAGCUCCGUCCUGGACAUGGAGUCGGUCAUGACUGGCAAGACGGCGGAGCAGCGUCGACGUGAAGCGGCAGAGGCUGCUGGAGACAUUGGUGGCGUCAGUCCUUUCCCUGAGCCGGACUACGAUCGUCUGGGCGGCGGUGGGAGCCCAGGCGGAGGUGGGAGUGGCGGAGAAGCAAGGGAGGGUGCACCGAAACGUAGCAAGUCGCUGGUGAAGAGGAUCAAGGCCGCCCGACAGUACGGCAAUGUGCCUCCGCCAGACGAUGAGGUGCUUGAGCUCUCUGGGCGUCGUCAGCAGGCUGCUGCUGCCGCGCGAGCGCACAAGCAUUCUCCGUCUUCUCCUGUGUUCGAGGUUGGGCAAGGCAACGGAGUGCGAGAUAUGAGCGGGUCGGGUAGCUUGGGACGUAGUGGAACGCGCAAGGCUACGAGGGAGGAGCAAAUGAGGUCCAUCUCUUUCCAGGGUCAGGGCAACGGCUCUGGAUCUGGUGGGUCCGGCUACGGCAAUGGCGGGAGCGUAACGCCAGGCUCGACAGGCAGCGGUGCGGGUUACGGGUACGUGGACGCUGUGCAAGUCAGCAACACCUAUCUCUCUCCGCCCGAGGAUGCGGCUGAUAUGGCUCGAGGCCGCAGUAGCAGCGGUGGAGCCAGCCCUACGAGCCCGGGUGCCGGUGGGGCCAGCGUGGGCAGGAGUGGAUCCAUCUUCGGCCGCUUCUCCAGGAAGAAGAGCAGCGACAAUCGCGUGACGUCGUAGGCAGUCGCCCUACGCAGCCUUGCCCUCGGCCGUCUGCCCAGCUAUUGGCGCUCGCACCUUGUCCCAUCUGUUCAUUCCCUCUUUGACUACGGCUUCCCACCUCCAUCGCUGCUACCGCGUUACGACACGCGCGGCCCCUACCAGCUCUCUUCCGUCCUAUCUGUCUAUCGCCCUGCCUCUACUUCUAUCGCGGCACACACACGCGCGCGCUCACAGGUCUGCGACUCAGUCGGGAUUGGCCUUUUCGUUUCGAAUAGUUGAAUCGAUUGACUUUGCGUU